UCCGCCGGUACGAAACGAUCGCAUGAAGUGCAGAUGCAGUGAAAAAGUUUGCUCAUUAAAAGGGUUAGGUCUUCCUGGACAGCAAGCUUUUAUAUGGACAACCAACUGCUUUAGCUGAACCUUUUCAGAGAGCUAUUGGAAACGCAUGGUGACUACUAGAAAGAGGGCGUGCUGGGCACUCACAAAGAGUAGCCUCAGUUCCCUUUAGAUUGCAAGUAGACUUCUCCCUAAGGCCAUUAGGCGCACACAUGAUAUUGAUAUUGUUUGGCUAAACGUUCGUUCUGUUGAGUGGUUCUUUGUUUAUAUGUAUAUUCCCUCCAUUUCCACAUGUUCCAACGGGCCAAUGACAUCGACGUGUCAGCAAUGUGCCAAAUCCCUGCAAGCAUUUUUUAUCGCGAAACACUAUUUAGAGACUUCUAGAAGUUAAAUCGAUCGUCCGCGAUAUCGCAUUCGGAACUCGAAAGUGACUUCCGUUGUGGAAAAAUGAGGCACUUCCACCACACUUCUCGGAAGAUCUCGGAAGAUUUUGUUAAAUGUGUUCCAUCGUUUUCCUAUCUUCCAGAAGUGACUUAUAACCCCUUCUCAUCCGUUCGAAACGGUUGGAACUUUUUACAAUUGUGAAACUCCGAUUCCCACAGAGCACAUCCACCAUCUAAAAUCCGAUAACAGCUGAUCUGGCGAAUCGAACCAAGCCCGUUGCUUCUGGGCCUUCCAUUUUCGAUUGUUCCCUGGCAUCACUGUUCACUUUUUCGUAGUGAAUGUUUUAAUUUCCUCUGUCAAGAAGAAGAGCCUAGAGUUAUACCAAACAAACAUCGCGUUACUAUCGCAUAAAAGAGUCCGUCAAAUUUGGAUGGGGAACUAAGUGGGAAAUUUUCGGAACAGCAAAACCUUAUAAACCAUCGUUUCAACGGAUGGUAGAUGGUGGAUGCAUCUCUUAACGAUAAGUGUAUAUUUUGUUUUUGUAAAAUGUGUUGAUCUUCCAUAAGACGAUACUUUUUGACGUCAGGCGAUUGUUUCCCCGUCCAAUUGCUCGCAGGGGUUCGACAUCGGCCUAGCCGACGCUCUCAUUCAAAAAUUGUGUUUAAACCGACUCUCCCUCUCUUGAUAAUUUCAUAAAUAAUUUCGGUUUGUGAACCAGUCGGGAUUUUCGAUAAAUGUGAAAAGCCUAUUCCCACUGACAACUAUCGAUUGCGUCCCUUUGCUCUGCCUUGUAGAGGUGCAGAUACUUUGAUGUAAAACAUGUUUUUUAUAGAAAUGUAAUGUUUUAUAUAAUGUAAUGUAGGGGAAUUUAUGUUACUAAUUUCAAAUAAAAUAAAAUUUAAAGGAAUUCCUAUUAGCUAGGCACACAGCAUACCUGUCAGCGCCAUCUGGCGGCUGGUAGCAGUACUAGAGACCACAGACGGCACAGACCACAUACCUAGAAUCUAUCCACCAUUAUCCAUAAACUUAUACAUAAACUAAUACAGCAUCGCGCGUUUUUCACCAAUUGCAUACCCUGUAUUUGCAAACUUAUUAAUUAAACAUUAUAAUUAAUUUAGUAGGAAAAAUGUAGGAAAUUACAAACCUAUUGCGUUUUUUCGUUCAAAAUUAAACAUCAAAAUUAAACAUCGAUGUUUUGGAAAAUUAGAAAAACAUCGAUGCAUCGAUAUUUCCAUCGAUAUUUCUGCAACUCUAAUAUCAAAACCGACGACUAUAUUUAACUACUAACGAGAUAGUUCCAUUCAGUUUGUACUUGAUUCGGUGCGGCGCGAAGUGUCCUUUUUACCUGCUUAUAUCUUUGUAGAUAUCUUAUGAUAAACACAACGCGAAAAAGGAACUAUAAUGUUCUUUGAGAAGGAUAAUAUUGUCUUUGAUAAAGAUGAAAACGAGACGGGUAUUCUUGACUUUGAUAUUUAUGAAAAUGAGCGCCAGGGCAAGAGGUAUCCAUAUCCCUUCUUUCUGGAAGACAAGUGGAAUAGCACUGAUGAUGACUUCUCGACGUCCUGCCCAGCACCCACACAUAUUACCCAUCAGCCAGAGGGCGCCCACCCCAGAACUACCACCACACAAGCCACCUCUGCCGAAGACCUUGCAACCCCGAUCUGCGCCGAGCCCAUCAUCUGCGAUAGUAGUAGUGGAGACGGGGACGACGUCGUGGCCAUCCAAAACCCUAUAAUCUCCAAGCUCAAGGAAUCUGCUUCGGCCUCCAUAGCUCAUACGCAUUCUCGCAAGCGCAGACGACUGGAACGUCAUUCGACUAAUGCUCCAAGUACCCCGGAAAUCAUUAAGCAAUUCUUGCCUUUUGAGAUGUUCAGGGCUGCCUGCACAAGUAGCGACACCAACCAAAUAGAACUCGAAGAGGAUAGAAGCGUCAUCUCUUCAGUCUCAGCUUCAACCACAUGCGUCACCACCAAGGAGUCCCGGAACGCCGAGGUGUCCAGUGAUGCCGAUCCCAGCUUUGGGGAAAUAGAAUUCCUAAAUAUAGACCAGUUCGUGAACACAGACACAAGUAAUAGCACCUCCAACACCUCCAUCAUCGAAGCGAAAAAUGCAGACAUUGUAGAGGAAGAUAGUAGUGCCGAAGAGGAGAACAGAACCGAAUCAGCCAGCUCCUACUGUGGGGAGUCCAACAGCGAGACAAGAUUCAGCGAUCUCCUCUCUGGUCACGCCUCGCCCGUUCACCCUGUGGCUAGUACCUCGCAGAUUAUCUCCUCGCAUGCCGGUGAAAAUAAUGUCACUCGGAAACGAGGACGCCCUGCCAAGGACCAUGCCGACGGACCCGAUCCCAAACGUAUGUUGCGCAUGAAUAAAAGGCAAAGGAAGGCCUACGAGGACAGGAUCAAAAACAACGAGGCAAGCCGCCUCUCGCGUCGAAAAAAGAAGAAAAGCGAGGAGGAGGAGAAAAAAACCGAGGAGGACCUGGCGGCCGAGAAUCUGCGACUCCGUGAGUUGGCCGAUAAAGUGGCGUGCCAGGAACGCAAGCUCAAGAAGUUCCUGUCGGAUACUUUAAGACGGGCUCCCGUUUAAUAGCCGCAAGAAUAAUGAUUUUUAAAUCAGGAAGAAACUAAACUCUUUGUCAAGAAAAAGCUAGAAGUAUGCAUUGUGAUUCUCCUAGCCCUAGAUUGCUUUAAUGUUCAAAAUAAUUAGUUCGCCCCGUAUUUUUAGAGUACUACUUUAUAUGUAGAAUUAUUGUUUAUUUCAUAAAUUGUCAUUAGAAUAAAAAUAAGAAUUUCUAUUAUAAUUUAUAUAAUCAGAUUCUAGACCAAAAUAGA